AUGGAGAGCGGCCUGAUUGCCGACAAGGACGUCACUGCUAGUUCUUGUUAUAACGAUGGCAACGUCGCGCCGCAGAACGGAAGGUAUGACAAUCUUCUGCCGGGUCAGCUAGUGCUUUAUAAAAUCGAACUCUUAACAGUUGGUCUUCGUUUUGUCAGGCUAAAUCAAGACAUCAAAGGAGGUGCAUGGUGUCCUAGAUCCCAAAUCACGACUGAAUCCACAGAGUGGCUAGAAAUUGACCUUCACACUGUACACGUAAUCACCGGUGCAGGCACCCAGGGUCGUUUCGGUAACGGCCAAGGUCAAGAGUACGCGGAGGCCUACGUACUUGAAUAUUGGCGCCCUAAACUUGGGAAAUGGGUACGAUACAGGAGCUUAGACGGCCAAGAGGUCAGUAUCAAUUUUCCAUUAGAAACAUUUUGUAUAACAUUUAUCAAGUUUAUUUCGCAAAAAAUGAAAAAUAAUAUUAAUUUUAGACUGACCGGUAAUACUAACACAUACUUGGAAAAGAAGAAUCAUCUAGAGCCGCCGAUCUGGGCGUCCAAAGUUCGUUUCAUUCCUUACAGUUCGCAUAGACGGACUGUUUGUAUGAGAGUUGAAUUGUAUGGAUGCUAUUGGAGCGUGGGAGUGGUUUCGUAUUCGAUGCCUAAAGGCGAUAGACGUAGUAAUGGAAUCGAACUCACGGACAUGAUCUACGACGGUCAGUGGGGCGAGGAGCUCCGCGGGGGCUUGGGCCAACUGGUGGACGGUCAGUUCGGAAGCGACGACAUCCGAGAAGCCUCUAAGAACUCCGCCUGGGUCGGCUGGAGAAACGACUCGAGACCAGAUCCCCCGGUCAUCAUAUUCGAAUUCGACAAAGUCCGCGAGUUCAGCGCUGUACAUAUAUUUUGUAAUAAUAAGUUCAUGAGGGAUGUACUAGUACGUAUUCGUAAGCAUUACUAUCGCAACGUGUUUGUUGAAAAUACGGAUCAUCCUACAAAGCAUGCUCUUUUUAGGUGUUCUCUGAAGCAAUUAUAUCAUUUUCGAUCGGCGGUCGUCACUUUCAAGACGAACCUAUCCACUAUACAUACGUUAGACAAGAUCUUCGAGAACGCUCGUAACGUGAGCAUUAAACUACACCAUAGAAUAGGGAAGUGGGUGCGGAUCGAACUUCAGUUUGCCGCGAGGUGGAUACUUGUUAGCGAGAUCGUUUUUGAUUCAGGUCUGGAGGAGUUCGAACGCGACGUCCGCAUAUUGGCCGCGUUGUCCUCGCCUCACCUCGCGAGGGUAUUGGGCGCGUGUCGCUCGCCGCCCCUCGCCGUGGUGCUGGAGUACCUUGAGCUCGGGGACCUGUGUGCGUUCCUGCGGGCUGCUAUUCCGCCGACGGCAGCCACGCUCCUGCACAUUGCCACGCAGAUAGCCGCUGGAAUGCAAUACCUCGAAUCGCUCAAUUUCGUUCACAGGGACUUAGCAGCUAGGUACCGUUUGUUGAAUUGUCUGAUCGGGAAGGGUUAUCAAAUUAAAAUAAGCGAUUUCGGCACCGACAACGAGGCGUACACUUGCGACUAUUAUAAAGUGGACGGUCGCGUACCGCUGCCUCUGCGCUGGGCGGCCUGGGAGUCGGUGCUCCGGGGAAAGUACACGACCAAGAGCGACGUGUGGGCGUUCGCGGUCACGCUGCACGAGAUAUACUCGCUCUGCCGACGGCGCCCCUACGAGCACCUAACCGACUGCGAGGUACGUACGAGACGAUUGACUGACGACGCACCUUUGAAAACGUUUUGGGUUUUGGAUAAUCUGUCGCACUUACAAGCGGACGACGGUAUGUUCGAGUGCGUCGACCGCGCCCCCGGCUGUCCCCGGGACCUCUACGAGCUGAUGCUGGAAUGCUGGCGGAGAGACGAACUGGACCGGCCCACGUUCGGUGAGAUCCAUCUCUUCCUGCAGCGCAAGAGUCUCAACUACGCGACCACGUGA